AUGGCUAAAUAUAGAAACAAUUUACCUCAACUGUUGUCUGACAAAUUAUUUAUUAUCAGUGGUGGUCUAGAGACUGCUCUUAUUUAUAAGGGUGGUAUAGAUCUUCCUUGUUUUGCUUCAUGUUAUGCAUUAAUAAAAGACACUGAUCGUGAAUGGAUGAAAAAUCAUAUAGCGAAAUUUGUCAAAGUUGGACAACAAUAUAAUGUUGGCGUUAUUUUAGAAACACCAACAUGGCGUGCCAAUCCUGAUUGGAUAAACAAAAUCGACUUUUCUGGUGAAGAUGUGGUCAGUAUAAAUCGUAAGGCAGUUGAUUUAAUUAAUGAUAUUCGAAAUGAAUAUCAAACCGAAAAAGUGCCCAUAGUUAUCAAUGGAGUUGU